GCACUGAAACCAAGAUGUCUGCCCCCAUGAAAAACUCGAAAAAUAUGUAGAAAGUUUUAAAAGUUAUUUUUCUUGUUUCGCUCGCCUGCUCUAACUUAUGAAUUGAGAUGGAAUCGUUAUUUAAUGUUAACAGGAUUCCUGACAGCAAGACAAAGCUGAUGACAGCCCUGUACUUCCCUUUUGGUGUUGCUCUGGUCAUCAUUAGACUCUUCAUUACAUUACAUGCUCUCUUGGUUACCUGUAUAUUGCCAAAAUGUGCUGCUACUAGCUUUAUUCUGAAGACAAUAUUUGGAGUGAUUGGUAUACAAGUCGUCAUUCAGGAAGAUAGGAGAAGAGAUAAAGAUGCUAAAGUGAUUGUAUCCAAUCAUGUGUCAAAUUUGGAUCACAUGAUCAUUGAUUUUAUCAUUGCUAACAUAACACCUGACAUAGUGGGCCUGUCAUCCUUCAUGCAGUGGCUAACUGGCUUCAAGGACUUUGGUUCUUCUAAAGGAGCCGAUGUCUUAGAAGAGAAUAUCAGAAAGUUUGUCAGAGAAUCCAAGUUCCCUGUGUUGCUUCAUCCAGAAAAGGCCACAACAAAUGGAACAGGACUUCUCAAAUUCAUGUCUUUCCCCUUCAGCCUCGGGAAGGUUCAACCUGUAGCGCUGCAGGUUACAAGGUGGCCAAUGACAAUGGCUGUGACAACACUAACCAGUAACAUAUAUCAAGACUUUCUCUGGAGUCUGUUUGUGCCAUACACAAUAUACAAAGUCAAAUUACUACCAGAAGAAGAGUGUGGGGAAGGGGAGAGUGUGGAGGACUUCACUGAGAGAGUAAGGAAAAACCUAGCCGAGAGCCUGGAUAUCCCCAUGACAGAGUACACGUGGUCGGACAAACAAGACCUCAUCAGAAGACUGGAAGAAGAGGAAGCCAGAAAACGGGAACAACAGAACAAUACAAGACAAAGACUUGCAGCACCUCAUAGAGCAAGUUCUGACCCAGAGUUACAGAGAAUGGUCCAACAAGUCCGGGAUGUUUUACCCGACACAUCAGAAGCAGUUAUAUUGAAAGAUCUAGAAAAAACUCGUGAAGUGGAUCUAACAAUUACCAAUAUACUGGAGGGAAAAAUCUCCGUGGAACCUCAGAAAAAUUCACAAUCAACAGACAAUUUGUUACACAUAAGAAAGAAAAUAAAUGUACACAUAGCACCAUCUCAACAGAAAUAUGGCGACACUACAUUCCACACGGCAGCACCGAGUCGUAUGUUAUCUCUAGAGGAAAGAAAACAAAUCAUGCUGGAAACAGCUCGGCAGCGGUAUAAAGAAAAACAUGGACUUCUAUAGUAACAGGAGAGCAGAAUAGACAAGUUAACAAAUUUAUCAGAUGCUGUUUUCCCCUAUUUCAACUUUUCUUUCAUGAAAUUAGAGGAAUUUUCAUGAAGGCUGACAUCUCUUCCUGAAAUACUACUUUUUCUUUUAUUUUCUCUUUCCGUCCACAGUAUUGCUCUAGCAAUUUUAUUUGAUUUUUUUUUUUGGUCGAAUUGUGGAUCUCUUUGAGUUAACAAAUUCCAAAAGUAUUUCGUUUUGUAAUGUAAAUGUCCAAUGACAUGCUACUGUGGUAAAAAUACAUGUACAUGUAAGUAAAGAAAGCAAAAUAUUACAAAGUUAAAAUGUACAAAAAAAGUUUAUUUUUAAAGACAUGUGGCUAGAAAUAAGAAACAAACAUAUACAAAGCUAGGGCUUGGUAAUGGGAUUUUACUUAGUUAAAAGUAUGGCAAGUUCAGAAAAAGACUUUCAAUGGCUUUAGUUCAUGUUCUCUAGUCAGAUUUUCAUUGAAUUUCAUUGAUUUACAAAAUGUAGGCAAUAUUUUUGUCAGUAUUCAAGUCUUUACCUAGUACAACUUCAGUAUCAUAUGCAUACUAAGGUGUUUGUAGCAUAUGAAAGAUUUAUUUUAGGUUCUUUCUAAUGAGAAAAAACUUGGUACCUAUCAUUCUGAAGUAUUUUAUCUAUGGUAUUUGGUAUAUACAUGUGUUAUGUAUGCAGUGAGAGUGAUUGAAUGAUUAUAGUACACAUGUAUUAGUUCAUAUACAAAGCAUACUGUAGCGUUUCAGGUAAGAACAUAAAAUUUGAGAUUUAUAUCGUACACACUGUUUACCAACCUUAAACUCUGACUAACUGAUCUGAUAGUUCAUCAUUAAUUCUACAAGUUGACUAAGAACAUUUGUACUUCAGUCUUCAUACAAUGUACAUGUAUGUGCAAUUGGGUGGUGAUUGGAUAUCAAAAUUUUUACUUGAGGGAUACAUUGAAUGUGGGACAUUCAAUGCUGGCAGCAUAAGGGGUAUAAUUCUAUAGAUAGCAUAUGUACGUGUAUGUUGAUGUACUUUCAGAUAUCUUGUUUCGUGGAUGUUGAUGUACUUUCAGAUAUCUUGUUUCGUGGAUAUAGAAGGUACUGUUAAAGUUAUGAUAAGGCCAUGAACAUGCCAGAGGGUCAAAUAAAUGCAUUAUUUGUGAGCAUAGUUUAUGCAUCAAAGUAUAAACACAUGCAAAGAGGUGUUAAGGACAUUUUUAUAGUUCUUAGUUAUGUGUAACUUCUGUGGAAAUGAUUGUAUUCAAGGAGAGGAAUUCUUUGAUAAAGAUACAAAAAAUUUGAGAAGCUUUUGUAAAUAUGGAUACCCAUAACAGAAUUAAGUAGAUAUUUCUGUGUAGUUGAUUCUGAAGCUCAAAAUUGCAAUAUAAUGAAAGAGAAACCAUUGCAGGCUGUGCUCAAUAUUCAAGGAUGUAUUAAAUAAGGGUCUUCCAUGUUGUAUUGAUACAAUAUGUAUUUUGAGUGUGGAGUGUUGAGAUUGAUUAAAUAGAAGUUCCAUUUCUGUUUAAUUUUGUAUUAAUAGCCUGUUUACUCUGUCCAUUAAAUCCCUUAAGUAUGUGUGUACAUUGUUAAGUAUGAAACAAACACCUGACUUUCAAUCUGAAGAGCUGUUUUUAAUGUAUUUAUAUUUAAUUAAGAGGUUAUGAAUGUCCAUAUUAUUAUUACAACAGUAUAUAUUGGUAUGUUUGUGUUAUUAUUAUAAAAGAAAAUCCCUUGAGCAGACAUUUUUGGACAAUUAUUUUCUUGUGUUGAGCCAUACCUUGGUGAAGGUAGAGAUGAGAUGCAGAUACACUGUUGUACAUUGAGUCCAGUUCUGUGUUUUUCUUUGAAGUGCUCAUUUGAUGUAGAAUUGCUUUGGAUGAUAAAACCCCCAGUAAUUGAUAGGUUUAUUAAACAUAUGUUUGUUCUUAAUGCAAUAAGAGAUAUGUCUGAGAAAUAAUCACAAUAAUUGUUACCAUUGAUAGAAAUAAAUGUCAUUUAAGAUGUUAAAGAAGA